AUGACGUUCCUCGACCUCAAUUACCUCAUCAGACAGGACGAGGAUGGCGGACGCUGCGUGCAUUCAGAGAGUGUUCAUGGGGCAAGCUUAUUAUUCAACGAGCGAACUCUGUUCCUUGCUGGUAUUGAUCAAGAAGGUUUCUUUUUACCCCUUUAUGCUUUGCUCGUCAGUCGUCACACUUUGGCUCCAGCAACGUGGGAGGCAGCCAAAGGACCAAGUGGGGACGACAAGAUAUCCAGGACAUUAGUUCGUUGUCAGCGUAACUGCGAAGCGGAGCCAAACCCACCUGUGGCAGAUGGCCAGCAGAGAGCAAUAAUAGUGUUCCUUAAUUCAACCGGGCAGCCUCGCAAACCAGGACAACGAUCAACCUUAUACUCACUUGGAGCGCGAAACGCUAGGCAAUGGCGAGAUGGCAAGCAUGUUGCUCGUGGUAUCAUUAUUAUUGGCGGGUCAGCGCUAACUGUGCAGGGCGAUAGGGGCUCUAAGACUCUAUCCAAAGUCGAUAUCAGGGGGUUGAUCUACGAAGGAUUUAUUCCCACCUCACGCCCUGUAGGCAAGAUCAACAAUUGCCUGCGCUAG